UAAUACUUCCUAAAUAUCUCUAUGCAAGAUAAAAAUUUACAUAAACACACGUACAUCUGUACAUUUGUACAUGUAUGUGUAUAUCAUAUAUAGACCUAAGUUAGAAAAGAAUUGGAAUUGUUUAAUUUUAACCACUAAUAUAUGAAAUAUAUAGCAUACAAGUUUUACUAUUCUGUGAAAUAGUAUGUUUCCUUUGAGAAUAAACCAAAUGCAUCAUUUUAUUUUUCUCAUGAGUCAUUUUGUUUAAAAUAGCAAGGAAUUCUCCAAGAGGCUUGGCAACCUCAUGCCUGCCCCAUUUCUUAACAUAUGUGUUUGGGUAUAUACAGCCUAUAUAUGCUGUUGUAUUUUAGGCUUCAUUUUCGAUGGUUGUGAAAAUCAGCCAAUAGAUUUUGGAUAUUGUUUUCUUAAACUUCAUUAAAAUUUAAACUUAGAAAAUCUUAACUGGGAAAAAUAUCUACAAUUAUGUUUUUUCCUUUUUUCCUUAAAUGUGGUGAUUAAAAAGGAGGCUGAUGGAAAACUCAAGUUUAAGAUAAAGCAUAGAUUAAAUCUCUUCCUCAUCCCCACAAAACAAACCCCUAAUGUCCCACUUUUCUAUUUAGUGCUUUUGACUGUUAUAUCUCGGGACUCUAUUAGAUUUGUCAUAGCUUAUAGUGUCUUCCCAUAUAUUAUCCCAUUGUAAAUAUGUAGGAAUCCAAAAAGUAGCAUGAGUUUUAAUUUUCUUUUAACCCUUUCUAAAUUCAUUUUGAACGCAUAUUAACUCUUCAGUUACAAUAGCUAAGAUUUGGGAGCAACUGGAUGGAAUUUCUAAGUUGGAUUCCGUUUUUAUACAAGUCCUGCCUUUGUAAUUUGCUUGUACUAUUUCACUAUUGUAUGCACAACUGCAUGCGUUAAUCUCUCAAUUCAAUCUUUUUGAAAUAUCAUGGAUUUGCAUGUCAGAAAAUCUGCUACUUUGGGCCGGGUGUGGUGGCUCAUGCCUGUAAUCUCGGCACUUUUCGAGGCUGAGGCCAGCAGAUAACUUGAGAUCAGGAGGUUAGGAGUUUGAGACCAGCAUGGACAACAUGGUGAAACCCCAUCUCUACUAAAAAUACCAAAAUUAGCUGGGUGUGGUGGUUCAUGCUUAUAAUCCCAACUGCGUGGGGGGCUGAGGGAGGAGAACUGCUUGAACUUGGACCGGAGGUGGAGGUUGCAGUGGGUUGAUAUUGCUCCACUCCCACCUGGGCAACACAGAAAGACUCUCUCCAAAAAAAAAAAGAAAGAAAAUCUGCUACCUUGAAAGCCCAGGUACUGAGACAUUAUGCUUUAAAAUAUUAAUUCACAUAUAUUUUUGAUGACCUUAUUUAACUUAAAAUUAAAAAUAAAAUACUUGCUUCUUGUUUCUCAAAGGAAGAAUGAUAGUAAAAGUUAUUACUUUUGGGGCUUGCACUAUAUACUAUCUUCCACAUUAGUUUCUGUACACAUGUUUUGUAACUUAAUUUUUAUCACAGCCAAGUAAGGUAGGUGGUGUUAUCCCAAUUUGACAAAUGGGGAAUGUGGGGCGUAGCGACAUUAAGUGAUUUUUCUAACUUUACCUUCUUAGCAUAUGUCUAAUUUUAGUUUCAUAUAUACUUUGUGUGUGUCCCCUAUGUUGUGUUUUGGUGUCUGGAGCAAUGAAGACCUCUGUGCUCUUAGGCGGGUCUUUCUUCUUUUCUUUAUUGUUUUGGAAUUCUGGACUCAACCUAGCAAUAACUGCAAUGUGUUCUGAUGAUUGGUUGUUAGUCAGAAUGAAAAUAAACCUUUUUGAUAACAACUUGGAAGUUAGAAUUGGCGACAUACACCUGGGAGAUAACUGUCUUGUAACAAAACUGUUGUCAUUUAACUACGAGUUUUCUUAUCCUGUCACUUCUUGUGGGAUCAAGAAAAUGAUGUUCCAAGGAAAUGUUGCCAUAUUAUCAGAGAUCAGUUACAGACCAAUGUUGCAUACUACCUAUAAAUUUCCAGUUGUUUGCUUUGUGAAGAGGCUUAAAUUCCCAUCUGUGAUACAAUUUGAAAUAAAUGGGUUUGAUGCCAACAACUUGAAAAAUACUCCUCAAAAAACAAAAGGACAAGAGCCACUAGCUCCUGCACAAAGUAAAAUAUGGGAACCUAAUAUUAACAGUGUUAAUAAGGAGCAAAUAUCCAUGAGUCACUGCAUCAAUAAUGCCUGUGUUAUAAUACCCUUUCCUCCCUAAAGCAUGGGAGCAAAUGGUACAUACAUGUCUGAGAAGCAGUUUCAUCAACACUGUUGUAUCUUUCCAAAGAUGAGUUCCAAUAUCUGUUAUUAGUUUCACUACCUUUUGGAGUUUUGGAUAACAUAUCUAUACCAUGAUAUUUAUACUUUUUAAUGUGUUAAUUUUAAGUGAAAUGGCCAUUCUAACUCUGUGAAAUCAAGUUCAUGCCUAAUAAAGCUUGCCCAAACAAACAAUAUGUUUUUUUUUCUUUUUUUGACACAGUGUCUGACACUGUUGCCCAGACUGUAGUACAGUGGCAUGAUGAUAACUCACUGUAACCUCAAACUCCUGGGCUCAGGUUAUCCUUCUGCCUCAGCCACCUGGGUAACUAGGCACCACCAUACACAGCUAAUUUUUGUAUUUUUAGUAGAGAUGGGGUUUCACUAUGUUGUCCAGGCUGAUCUCAAACUUCUAACCUCCCAGGUUACAGGUGCAUGCCAUUGCACCCAGCUAACUUUGAACAUUUUUUGUAGAGAUAGAAUCUUACUGUGUUACCCAGGCUGGUUUUUGAACUCCUGGCCUCAAGGGAUUCUCCCAAAAUGCUGGGAUUACAGGCAUGAGCUUCUCUACCUGGCCUAUUUUGUGUUUUCUUAUUCCAUAACCUGAGGUCUUCCCAGAAUGAAGACGAUUUUAUAAAUCAAAUCAGGUUUAGUCAUAUUCCAAAAAUCAAGUUUAAUUAAAAAUAUAAGAAGCUAGAUCUUACUUUGGCAAGCAGUGAAUCAAUUAGAAAAGCGCGAUAAUAUGGUUGUCUUGAAACAUUAUUGUAUAAUGAAAAUGGAAUUUCAAAGUGACAGAACUUUUCUUCUUCUGUUGUACAUCCUCAGACUUGGUGGCUUUUGAAAGUUUAGAUACAUCUAGGUAUUGAUUCUUCCAGAUCUUAAGCUUAGAUUUGGGGGCUUCUCUGGCACCAUUAUCUUGGGGUAAUGGUUGUCUGCAUAUUGUUGAUCUCUCCUGAUCUGAAUCUGUUCUGAGCCCCAGUUUCAUAUACCCUAUCAUCUGACAUUUUCAUUUCGAUGUUCCACAGGCACCUUAACAUGGCUAAUACUGAAUUCAUCCUCCCAAUUCUCACCUCAGAAUGCACAGAACCCAAAAAACAGCAUCCUGCUCCCAGUCUUUUGGAAUGAUAAUAUCGUCUACCCAGUUGCUCAACUUAGGACGCUUGGAACCUUCUGUUGAUUUUCUUUCUUUAUCCUCCAGAUUUAUUCAGAUGAUUUUGAUAACAAUAGGAAACAUUUAUAGAGCUAUUCUAGGUACUGUGAUACAUACUUUGGAAACAUAAUUUCACCUAUAUCCCCUAACUUUAGUAGCUCUCCAUAACAGCUUUUCUUUAUCUCACUGUCAUUUCCCUAGCUCAGACCUUUGUGAUUUCUCAGCUGGGUAAGCUCAUAACCUCCUGAUUUUAUCUCCAGCACUCUAGUUCAUUUAUCACACCACAGCCAGUCAGAUCACUCUGCUGCAUGAAAUCCUUCGGUGCCUCUCUGCUGCCUAUGUUAGUGAUUUUCCAAGUUUAAAAAAAGACUUAAUGUGGACACUGAAACAACUUAAAAAGAUGCAAGUAGAGCUGCUGUGGUUGAAAUGAGUGGGUCUGGAUCAGUUUAGAUAUAAUUGGCUUAUAGGAAAAAGUCCAAAUUUUCUGCAUGUCAUGCAGUACCCUCUAUAAUGUGGCCUUGCUUAUACCUCCAGCCUCAUCUGUUGCUACUUCAGUCUUUAGGUGUAGAUACCAGAAGAGCUGAAAUUGGCAGUAGCUGAAUAUACUGUAGUCUUUACUUCAUCUUCCCACUUUCUGUCUGGAAUUUGCAUAAGGUAUCCCCUCAGCCUAGAUUGCUUGUCUCUACCCCUCGGCCUGGCUAACUUCUAUUUGUCUUUCCAUGUUUAGCUUACCACCUCCUCAGGGAAGUCCUGCUUCUACCCAUAGAGGAGAAAGUCUGAAGGAAAGGAACAUUAUGGAAUAUUUUCCUGCUCUGGGCCAGGAUUAAAUAUUUUCUCAUUUAAUAUUCAUUUUAGCAUUUAAGACUCUUCAUCAGGUUCAGUCUACUUCCUUAGCUCUGUCAUAUCUGUUUUACAUGUAAAGUCAUACCAUAUAUCUGUGUUCUGUGGACAUGCCUUUCAUUGCUCUUCUAAAAAUAAUUUUUAAAAAUUUGUCAUUUAAACAUGUAAAAUUUACCAUCAUAACCAUUUUUAAGCAUAGAGUUUAGUAGCAUUAAGUAUGUUCACAUUGUUGUACAACAGAUCUCCAUAGCUCUUUUGAUACUGCAGAACUGAAACGCAAAUUCCCUAUUCUGUACUGUUCUUCCAGCCACUAGCAACCACCACUCCACUUUCUGUUUAUGACUGACUACUAUGGAUGCCUCACCAUAUAAGUGUACUUAUACAGUACUGUAGUUGUCUUUUUUUGUGACUCGCCUAUUUCACUUAGCACAAUGUCCUCAAGGCUUAUCCAUUUUGUUGCAUACUGCAGGAUUUCCUUUCUUUCUAGGCCUAGAUAAUAUCCCACUGUAUGUGUAGGCCACAUUUUGUUUAUUCAUCUAUUGAUAGAUAUUUGAGCUGCUUCCACUUCUUGGCUGUUGUGACUAAUGCUACUAUGAACAUGGCUGUGCAAAUAUUUUUUUAAGAUCCUGAUUUCUAUUUUUUGGAUAAAUAAAAGUGGGAUUGCUGGACCAUAUAGUAAUUCCACUCUCAAUUUUUUAGGAAGUGCUGUACUUACUGUUUUGCACAGUGGCUAUACUGUUUUUUACAUUCCCAUCAACUUCCUGUACUUUGGCUUUAUUGGGAAGAUUUAUGUGGGCUUUUAAGCCAGAAUGCCUGUGUUCAGAUCUUGGUUUCUCCACUUACUGGGUGUGUAACCUUUGGCAAGUUAUUUAAUCUUUCUAUACUUUAGGUUUUUUAUAAAAAUGUCAUAACGCCUGUAAUCCCAGCACUUUGGGAGGCUACGGUGGGUGGAUCACAAGGUCAAGAGAUCAAGACCAUCCUGACCGACAUGGUGAAACCCUAUCUCUACUAAAAAUACAAAAAUAAGCUGGGCGUGGCAGCGUGCACCUGUAGUCCCAGCUACUUGGGAGGCUGAGGCAGGAGAAUUGCUUGAACCUGGGAGGCAGUGGUUGCAGUGAGUGGAGAUCGCACCACUGCACACCAGCCUGGCGCCUGGCAACAGAACAAGACUGUUUAAAAAAAAAAAAGACAUAAUAUUGGUACCAAUGUUAGCAAAAGAAAAAAGGGCAUAAUAAUAUUUAAUAUCUAAGAUUGUCAAUGAGAUUAAAUUAACUAAUCUAUGUAAUGGAUUUAUAAUGUGCUUCAUAGUAAGCCCUCAGUAAUAUUAGCAUCUAUUGCUAACACUACAGGUGAAUAGCCAUUAUCCGAAUGCUUGGGACCAGAAGUGUUUCAGAUUUCAGAGAUACAUAUAUCUGAAAUAUAGUAAUAUUUGCAAUACAUAUGUAUUUUGUAAUAUUUGCUACAUAUGUGCGUGUAUAUAUAUAGUAAUAUUUGCAGUAUAUUUACUAGCUGAGUGUCUCUAAUCUGAAAAUCUGAAAUGCUCCCAGGAGCAUUUACUUUGAGCAUCAUGUUGGCGCUCAAAAAGUUUCAGAUUUUGAAGCAUUUCAGAUUUCAGAUUUUUUGAUUUGAGAUGCUUAACAGGUUCUACUCCUGCUGCUACUACUAGUUGAUAAGAAUAGUGGGAAGCCAGAUUAAAUGAGUGACUAAUUAUGCCUGUAAGAUUUGUGGAAAGCUUCACAGAGGUGACAUUUCAGCUGAGUCUUGAAAGAUGAUGUGGGGUUUAAUGAGGAAUUGGAGCAUUUCAGAAAGAGGAAACACACUGAAAGAGCAUGAGAUGCUAGAUGAAUGGUGAGAAUUUUAGUAGGACCGGAAGGUAAGCUAACUGAAUUGAAUUCAUGAGAGUUGAAAUUAGAAGAAUUAAACCGGAAUCAUAUUGUGAGGAUCUCGUAUGCUGAGGUUGGAAGUACUGACGUUGUCUUUAAUAAUUAUCUUUAAUCUAAUUCUGUCUUUCCUCCAAACCCAUAUUUAAUGCUUCAGCAUAUCCUGUCAACUCUACUUCCAAAAACAACACAAAUCUGUUUUCUCCAAACCCAUAUUUAAUGCUUCAGCAUAUCCUAUCAACUCUACUUCCAAAAACAACGCAAAUCUGUUUUCUCUGUCUCCACUCUUCCCCUGAGUUCAUUCCACCAUCAUUGCCAUUGGACUACUCUGAUAACCUCCUGUAAGAUAUUUCUGUUUCCAUUACUGCCCCUGUUUUUGGCCUUUCCCCAGUUCUCUCCCUCUCCCCUUUCCUCCCUCCCCUCCCCUUUCUCCCCUCUCCUCCCCUCCAUUCCCCUCCCCUUUCUCCCCUCUCCUUACCUCCGUUUUCCUCCCCUUUCUCCCCUUUCCUCCCCUCGUUCCCCUCCCCUUUCUCCCCUUUCCUCCCCUGGUUCCCCUCCCCUUUCUCCCCUUUCCUCCCCUGGUUCCCCUCCCCUUUCUCCCUCCCCUCUCCUCCCCUCCAUUCCCCUCCCCUUUCUCCCCCUCUUCCCUCCGUUCCCCUCCUCUUUCUCCCCUCUCCUCCCCUCCGUUCUCCUCCCCUUUCUCCCCUCCCCUCUCCUCCCCUCUCCUCCCCUCUCCUCUUUUUGACAGAGUCUCACUCUGUCAGCCAGUAUAGAGUGCAGUGGUGCGAUCUUGGCUUACUGCAACCUCUGCCUCCAGGGUUCAAGUGAUUCUCCUGCCUCAGCCUCCCAAGUAGCUGGGACUAUAGGCACGUGCCACCAUGCCCAGCUAAUUUUAGUAUUUUUUAAUAGAGACGGGGUUUCACCAUUUUGGCUAGGCCGGUCUCGAACUCCUGGCCUUGUGACCCACCCUCCUUGGCCUCCCAAAGUACUGGGAUUACAGGCAUGAGCAUUGGGUCCAGCCACCUUUCCCUCAUUUCUAACUGCAUCACUUUAGAUUCUUUUUCUUGCUUGCUAUACUGUGCUAUUAUUGUAAUUAUGCAUUCAUU